AUGGCGAUACCAGAGUCCGCACGCGCAGUUGUCAGCGCGGUCGCGGCCUCGCUGGGGCCGGCACCGCCAGACAAUCCGGAUGCAGCAAGGAGAGUCACGGAGCUUCGUGAAGAAUAUAAUCGGCGUUAUGAACAAGAGAUGCGUUCAUCGGUCAAGCGACCAGGCCUCAACAUGAUAUUGCCCAAGGAGGUGGUCAAAGGCGAGGCUGUGCCCAUCUUUGGCCACGUUCCUGGGGUAAAGCCGGGCGCAAAAUUUAAGGACCGUGGCCAGCUUUUUGUCACGGGAGUACACGCCACACUUAUGAAGGGGAUCCACGCGCCGUCCACCAAACAUCCCGACUUCGCCAAGGGCGCCUACAGCGUUGUUAUGAGUGGCGGUUACGUGGAUGACGAGGACAUGGGCGAGAGCUUCUGGUACACGGGGGAGGGCGGAAUAGAUGCGUCCAGCAAGCGACAGGUCAGGGACCAGUCUAUGGAGCGCGGUGCCAAUGCGGCCCUGCGGAACAACUGCAACUCGCGGACCCCACCCUCCAAGGACGGUCCGCUGGUGUGCAAGUUCCUGCUGCAGGGGGUCCCGGGACAUAGCACCGUGAACACCAAGGUGGAGUUCGGCAGCAGCAGCAGCAUUCGCCCCCUGCCAGUGCCAGGCCCGGUGAUGUUGUCGGAUAUCCGUCGGCGCUAUCAGGGGUCCCGCACCCUGCUCAGUGAGGACAUCACCGGCGGCAGGGAGCCCGUACCCAUACCGCUGGUCAAUGAGGUCAACGACGUGACGUUGCCCGCAGAUUUCGAAUACAUCCGGGAGAACGUCUGGGCGCCCGGGGUGUACGAACUGUUCUGCUUCUUGUACACUCUUUCCCCCCCAUCCUCCCCCCUUGUUCGUGGUUCGUCUUUCCCCCUCAUCCCCCCCUUCGCCACGCGCACCAAGACCGAUACCAUUGAUACCAACUCCCUACUCAACCAAAUCACAUCGUCCUUCGUAGCCCCGAUCCUCAAGUUUAUGGACGAAGAGAUGUCGGGUUUUACCCGGGGGGAAGUGCCGUACGGUGCUGGCACCGAGGGGGGGGAAACCCAAACGUGCGGUCUGGCCUUCAACCGGCGGAUCGCGGAGAAGGACCGGGAGCUUGGGGACAAGCUGCCGCAGGGGUACGAGCCCCACCUGGAAGAGCAGUACAAUACGGAUGGGUGUCUGAUCGUGACGGACCCGUGUGGUUUGCACGAGUGCGGUGCUAAGUGCAAGUCCGCCAACGUUAUACGACAGCUGCAGGUCAAUGCCGCGGCGGCGGCGCGAGCGCAACGCACUACCGGAGUAGCAGCAGCAGCAGCACCAGCGGGUGGUAAUGGCGCUGACGUCGCCAUUACCGCCGCCGCAGUGGCGCAGGCGGCGGCGGCGGCGGCUGACGUGCCCGUGGUUGCGACGGCAGGGCCCUCCGGGCGGCAAAUGAGCGGCCCCGCGGCCAGCGGCGGCGGCGGCGGCACUCCCUCUAGGAGCUUUCAGGCUGCCGCCGCCAGCGCUGACGGGUUGUUCGCUCGGGAUGAAGCACUUCCGCCGCGGUGGCAGCAGCAGCACGGCGACGGCGACGGCGGCGCCGCCACAUCCGCCGCAGCAGCGGCGCUGCCGCCGCCUCAACAAGUGGCGCCGCGGACGGGGUUGGCGUCUGUGACGGCGUCAGUUGCGGGGGUGGAGUACGCACCCAUCCUCGUACUGGACGCCCGGAGUAUGGGCAACGUGGGCCGCUUCAUCAACCACAGCUGCGACGGCAAUCUGACCAUCCAGGCGGUGUUUGCCGGGUCGCACCGCAACACGUUCUUGUACCACGUGGGCCUGUACGCCUGUACGGACAUUCCCCCAAUGACGGAGCUCACGUACAACUACGGUUACCACAGCCAGGCCAGCCGCGCUGUUCCGCAGUACGACAUGAAGUGCGGCUGCGGCGCCCCCAACUGUGUUGGCCAGCUCAUGUAA